CAGCCCGCACCAACCGCCAGGGUUCACCUACCACAGAGCCGGGAGAAGAGCAGCAGAGGGAAAAGCAGCAGCAGCAGCGGCGGUGGCGUCGGGGGCGGCAGCAGGAGCCCAGCUCCGGGGGGAGAAGCGGAGUCAGCUGCAGGAAACAUCUGCUCAAGCUUCUUCUGUGUAAAUCUUUCAUGGGUCGGAGGUAGAUACUCAGAAGUGGAAUUGCAGGAAUGAAUGAUACAUGUACUUUUAGUUCUUUGAGAAAUCGCUACACUGAUCUCCAUAGGAAAUGUACUAAUUUACAUUCUCACCAGCAGUAUAGAAAUGAAGUUUCAAGACAGCUAAAGAAACUGAAUAUCAAAGCCCCCUCUGAGUAGAGAGAGGACACAUGAAUUGUUUCAUCUUUAGCAGAGCAUAGGUGAAAGAAGAGGCUUCCAUGAAGGAAAUCUGAUACCUCCUAGGCCAAGAAGAACAACAUGAGAACUCUCUGAAGGUCAUUGAAUUCCUUUAGAGAAGUCCACAAGAGAAAUCUGAGAUCUAUACACCAUUGAAUCUAUGAUAGCUGAGGAUACAUUACAAAGAGUCAAUGUAGUACCUAUUUCCUUUAGCAUUUGGCUCCUGGUCCUUUUGUUGUGAACUCUUUGUUCCUGCAAAGCUGGCUGGGAUCAGAAUAGCGAGUCCAAAAAAUCUUGCCAAUGACAAAGGUUCAGUAUCUCUCAUCUUCAUCCCCACACAUGUCACUGAUGAAUAUCAUCCUGAAGAUACAGAGGGUAGAGUCCACCUAUCAGAACAUGACCGUCUACAAAGAAGUUUAGAAUCAUCAGAGCCACUGGUGGAGACACCUGAGAGUCAUGUGACUGAGGUUUCACAAGGUCCUUCCAUGCUUCCAGUCCAGAGGAGAAAGCUAGACCCACUCUCUAGUAAGCCAAGGAAUGUUAGGAAGGUUGUAAGGGCGAAGAGAAUGAGAAAGAGCAAGAGAAAGAAGAAAAGGGAGGCCAAAUGCCCGCCCAUUCUUCCAACGCCUUCGGCACCACCACAAAGUGAAGAUGAGACUAUGGAUAACAGUCAUGGGGAUAAAGAUAAUCCUCAUCUUCCCAGUAAGGAAAGAGUACAGAGCCAGCAGGAUGAGGGUUGCUGUGUGAUGCAUCAAGAAGAAUGCCAGAUCCAGUCCUGUGAGCUCCCAGUGCCUCAGGAGUCUGGGCCCUCAUCUCCUGCAGUGACAUCUUUGGCAUCACCACCCCUCUGCUUUGGUGGCUUCCUAAGCUGUGUCUGCCAGACCUUCUCAAGGUCUAGGAAGCAGAAGCCUCCCAGAAGAACGAGUAACAAGCAAGCUGAGGCAGGCCAUGAUGCUGAGGUUCUGAGACCCGGUCUAUUGAGGGGUCUGGGCAAAAACAAAGUGCUGCCUCACCAAAGCCUGUAGCAAGGUGAUACUGAUGUAGCAUUCUCUUGUUGUUUAGUUUAUAGUUUCCCUGUAUGCCACAGUUUUUCUUAGUUGAGUUCUUGCCUUUCAAAGAGAUAGAAAGCUGCUUUUAUGAUGAGAUCUGCACUUCUAAACAGGUAGUAAAAGCAAAGUAACUUUGAGGCUUUCAACUUCUACCCAGUGGUAGAAUUACUCCUUACUUCCUUUCCAUUAGACUGAGGUCGGAUUUGCUCUGGAGCAGCAGUCCCAAGAUUCAUGUUUAUUUGACUCAUGUAUUCAGUAGGCUGAAUUUUCCCGUACCUUCUCUGAGGAUGGAACCCACACAAUUUCAUUAUUUUGAGUAGUAUCUUCUGAUACCUGUAACCAAAUGGAGACUCUUUAUGUCCAGCACCUCUUAUUAUUUUCAUUUACCUUUGGCUGGAGGUUCAUUUUUCAUUCUUCUUCAGUACUUUGUUGAAAUUCUUCUACUUUCUAUCUAAUUUGAAUAGCCUCAGGGUGUGGUAGCUGCUACUUUUCUUAUUACCUCCUCCAUCUCUACCCAGUGUUUAUAUUCCUUUUUGUCACUUGUUGGUAAGAUACCUGGCUCUUCCUUCUGAAGUAAAUCUUUGGUGUUCUCUAGUCAUCUGUAUUGAAACAGUCACACAAGGUAAUGUUCCUCCUUGUCAGACUUAAUUAGACUCUUACAGAACCCAGAGUUCUCCUGAGAAUCUUAAAAAAGAUAAGUAAUUUUUAAAAAGUUUAAGAUCAUUUUAUUUUCCCCUUGUUGUCCUGGAAUGCUAGGGUAGUCCUUUGCCCAGGGUGUAAAACAAAAGUUUGAAUUAAUCUUAAACCUUCCUGGAAGGGAGUAUGUUUAAAAGAGUUUAGGAGUUUCCCUAAAUAGGUUUAUUACCUAUUACUAUUUCCUACUUAUCCAAGUUCCCCAAUUCAUAUAAGAAUAAUAAAUAAAAGUUUAAAUAGAAAUAAACAUGCAAAGUACUACAUAAGAAGAAAGUAGUACUCUUUAUUUUCUUUCAUCAUUAACACUGACCCUGAUCAUUACUAUGCUAAAAUCAGAAAAGGGACCAAUAUGUUUGCUUUCUUCUUUUUUUGUCUGGAACAGGACUUAGUACUGUUGGAAGAAUGUAGUUGGGAAGGGAAUCGAAUGGGUUUUAAGAGUCAUGGGAAAUAUCCUCUAAGGUGCCUUGGAGGUAAUUGGUAAAAAUCAACCUUGAAGUCUUGUGGUUUGGUGAGGAUCUCAGAUUAGAAUUAGACAUUUUGUAAAAAGUUGUACUCAGUGCAAAAUGUAAAAUGGGACACCGUUCUAAACUCAGUUCUGCCUUGGUACUUUUAAUUGCCUAAAAAGUAGUUGAUGUCUCAUUUUGGAGAAUAUGGGGUUUUAAUUGAGCUAAUUGGCUAUUAUAAAUGAGUACAAGCUAUUAUAUAAAAUUAUCUAAACUGUACCUAUAUUUAGAUACAUAUUUUCUCAAUUUAAUACAAGUAUAAGAAGCAUAUUCCCAGGCAAGGUAUAAUGUAUGGAAAGUUUUGAGUCAUAGAGCCUAUUAUUAAAAGCUCUCAGGAAUGUAGAUAUUAGUGUUGCUAUUAAUACUUUAUUAUUGUUAAUGUUUCUUAAGAUGUGUCAGGAUGAGCUAUUCUGUCAAAGAAAAACUAUUAGUUGGAGACUAGUUAGUCAUAUCUCCAGCCCCAUCUAUAAUACUGAUUUUCACAUGAAACUUAUUUACUACAAAUUUAAAAUAUAGUUUUCAGAUAAGUACAAAUCUAUACCAGCAUUUAGUUUUGCAUUUUUUCUGCUUAUGUGUCAUGACCUCUCAUUCACAAAUAAGAGAAAGGGCAUCCGUGUCUCCGAUGCAUUUGUAAAUGAGAAAGUAUAAGUUCUCAGGUUUUAAAUUUUGUUUUCUGUCUUUAUGAUCUGAAUUAUUAAACAUGAUUUAUGACUUAAUAAAGCUGGUUUUGAAAAAUAUACUUGGCAAAGUAGUAUAGCUGUACCAAAGUAAAAACAAAUGAAAAAAAUAAAACCUGCUACUAUUGAUGACAGAUAAAUCUUAGGAGUUAUUUUUUAAAUUUGUUUCCCCUGCAAAGAAGAUACACAAAUAUUGUAAAUGUGUUGUAAACAGAAAUAAUUAAACAGUAUAGACAUGAUUAUAUUGAAUAUAUUUAGUUUCCUUUUUUUUUUUCCCCAGGGAACUCAGAGAACUAGGUAGGUAGCAAGCGUUGUGCAGAUUAAUGAAGCUAAGAUUAAACAAGUCAAUAAAACUCUUACAGCACUUUUUUCAAGAUCAUUCCCUUAAUCUGAUAGGGAAUCAUAAAAAUUUUUUAAAUAAAUUAUUUAACUACUAGUCUAUUUUUUCUUUAAAAUAUGAUUAUUUAUUUUUGCUAUGGUCCGAAUUCCAACAUUCCAUAUUGAAAUUAUUUUUUACUGAUCAUUUUGUUUUUGUCACCUUAUCCUCACAUUACUGUCCAAAUUCCAAUUAAUGUCAUCACUAUUCACCAGGAAAAAAACUCACUCUAAUAUAAAAUUAUACCAAAAAAAUAGAGGAGGUUUACUUAUUAACUGAGUUUUGACAGAAAAAGCAAAAAGUAUCUAGUUCUGUCAUCUUACUUAUAGAGAAACCUGAAACAGAAAUAUAGAGCUCUCUCAAAAUGACUUAGCUGGUUAGUGGCAAAGCUAAAGCAAAUAAUAGCUAACAUUAGAUAAAAUAUUGUGCUUUAUACACACGCCACUAAUGUUCAGGCAAUCUGCAUAGGGUUGAUAUGAUAAUUUAAGUUCAGAAAUGUCCCAGGACUGGCAAGUCCUAUGCAGUAGCUAAAUUCAGAUCUGUUGGUUUCUGAGGUCUCUUCUCAUUACAUUCUACCUCUCAGAAUUAUAAUAUAAAAUUUCUUUGUUACAAGUCUGUGUAAUAAGAAGAGGCAUUUUCAAUAAUUUGCCAAGAUUUAGAUUUUAACCUUAACACACAUGCAAUAAAAAUAGACCAAUUAAAAAGUCUAAUUAAAAAGAUUAAAUUCAAAAGCUUCUGCACAGCUAAAGAAAUAAUCAACAGAGAAAACAGACAACAUAUAGAAUGGGAGAAAUACUCAUAAGUUAUACAUGCCAUAAGGAGCAAAUAACCAGAAUCUAGAAAGAAUUCAAGUAAAUCAGCAAGGAAAAAACUGCUAAAAAGUGGAUAAGACAUGUAAACAAGCUUUUCAAAAGAAGAAAGACAAAUGGCCAAUAAACAUAUGAAAAGUUGUUCAACACUACUAAUUAUCAGAGAAAUGCAAAUUAAAAUCACAGUGAGAUGUCAUCUUACUCCAGUUAUAAUGGCUUUUCUUAAGAAGUCCAAACAAUAGAUACUGGCAUGGAUACAGAGACAAAAGAAUACUUAUCCACUGCUGGUGGGACUGCAAAUUAGUACAACUUUAUUAAAAACAGGAUGGAGAUUCCUCAAACAACUAAAAGCAGACCUACCAUUUGAUCCAGCAAUCCCAUUACUGGGUAUUUACCCAAAGAAAAAGAAGUCACGUUAUUAAGGAGACUUCUGUACUAGAAUAUUUAUUGCAAUGCAAUUCAUAAUGGCAAAGAUGUGGAUGAGAUCAACCCAAGUGCCCCUCAGUUCUUGAGUGGAAUAACAUACAGCCACAAAGAAGGAUGAAUUAAAGCUUUUUACAACAAUUUGGUGGAACUGGAGACCAUUAUCCUAAAGAAGUAUCUAAAGAAUGAAAAACAGGCUGGAUGUGGUGGCUCACACCUGUAAUCCUAGCACUCUGGGAGUCCAAGGUGGGUGGAUUGUCCUGAGCUCAGAGGUUCGAGACCAGCCUGAGCCAG